UCAACAGAUCCCCAGAACUGGAGUUAUAACGGUCCAGCUCGGUACGUAUAAAUAUUCCAUGCCUGUCGCCUGUGUAAUUAACAUGAUUAGCCACGGCAUUCACACCUCGUGUAGCGCAGUUUUCCACUCGAAUGACAUCUGCUGGUCAUUUGACAAUCCCUCAUUGUGGAAGGUCGCGCCUCUGAUUAGAUCAAAUCUUCACAUUAGAAUGCCAAAGAGGGUUUGACGUCAGAGGGGCUGAGGCACCCCACGGGCGAACCACAGACUCAGCACAUGAGGACCCGGGAGGACAAUGGUCGCCGUGGAGACCCAAGGGGUUGCCACGGGAACCAAAGGGCCCAGGAACCAAUGCCGUCAAGCCUUGAAAGAGCACAUAUGAGCCCAUCCUCACAACUUCCAGAGCCACUUGUUGGGUGAUCGCAGUGCCAAAUUGCCUCUCGUCAAGGCCGGAGUGCAGAGGACUUGUGGAAGACUACAGAUCCUUCUAGACCUGACCGUGGAAGCAGCCAGGCCUUGCGCAGCUUCCCUCUCUGCUAGCGGAAGAUUUUGUUUUCUCUCAUCCUGAAGUUCGUCAGUUGAAGAUCUGACAGCCAGUGAGGAUGACAGCAUCUGCAGUGGCAGGAUUGCCACCUCUCCGUCUGACCGUGCUGGUGCUGUGGACAACGUUCGGGGCCGUACAGCAGACAGCCUGCAUGCCAGUACAGACCCCGCCCUCCCCUAUACACGAGGAUGAGAUGGUACCACCCGGGUACCCCAACACACAACCCACCACCCUGGACUCUACCACAAAGAUUCCAGAGGUAGAUCAAGACCCAGCUACAACAAUGCCACCCAGCAGUGAGGUGAAGUUGGGCACCACAUCUGCAAGUGCAGGCACCAGCACCCCUGGCAGACUCCCAGCCACAACCCAAACCAUCCCUGGUAGCACUACCCAGGAUGGCGUCUACUCCACAUCUACGAGGCAGACCAUAGCCCUCCUGAGUACCACUGGUACAGAUGAGGUGAAGGUCACCACAGAAGCGACAGAGCGCCCAAAGAAUGCUACCACACCUGUGACCACACCACCGAAGAGUAUGGAGGACCUGACAACGUCAGAGCAAGGUAUGUCAUACGAUUACUGUACUUGCAGUAUGUACCUUAUAACUGGUAAAUUGUGAUACUGUGGUAACUCUAUAAAUGACAAUGUAACAAACUACCAACGUAAUUCUUCAAAAAGAUCAGUGAUUCCAACUUUCCUAAGGCU